AUGAUGAUUGUAUUAAUUUUGUUUUUGUCUGUAAAUGGUGAACAAAACAAAAAAGAAGAUGAAGAUAUAUAUGGUUUAAUUACAAAUACAAAUAUACUUUGUAUUAGAGAUCUACUUACAAAUAUUGCAAAAGCAGCGAAAGAUAUUCGUAAAAUCACGAAUGAAAUUGAACAAAAAAUUUUUCAACAAGAUCCAACUAAACUUCGUCUUAUGAAAACUAUAAAACAUAAAGAAUAA